GUUGUAGAGACAUUCAGCAUCAAUUACAAUUCGUCUGAUUAGAUAGCCGGCUCGGCUGCUCUAUUUCAUAACAAUGGUGGUGAUGUGACAUGAGAGUAGCAUAGCGGCACUUGGUCUAUAUCUUGCAUUUAGACUGUAACGUGAAGGAUGCUUCAUUCAAAAGCACUUGCAACCUGUGCUUUUAGAGUUGCUUCGAGUACUCGUUGUUUUCAUUUGGGCCAUGAAUUUGCACCACCAGCACGAUUUAUAAGUCAACAUGCAAAAUUUGGGCUCGCAUUGCUGUCGACAGCGAUUCAGCUGUCGAGUUUCAUACUUUUAUAUCUCAAUGCCGAUAAACUUAGACCGCCACCGCCCAGACAGCUCAGCGAAGAGGCUCAAGCUAAAAUGGAAGAAAUUGCCGCAACGUAUGAACCUGGUACCAUGAGACUCAAAAAGUUUUGAAUGCUGGCUGUAGCUGCUCAACUUUUCAUUUUUGCUUUGUUUCUUCAAUUAGAUAAUUUAGAUGAUAGGAAUGGAAAGUUAUCCGCUAUUUGAAGCC